GGGAAAAGGGGGAGGGGGAGUGGAUGACCGACACUCCGGUCGACCUGGCCCGCAGCCAGUCUCGCCUGUGUAGUGUCGCGAGGAACGUACAUUCCAGCGCGUUGCGGGAUCCCACCGACUGUAGCAACAAGUAGCGGAAAGAACGCGCAAGAGACAACAGGGUGUGUGAGGGCGGAAGCAUGUGCUGCAGAGUGGGCAAAUGCUGCUUCUGCAUCGACCUGCGAGUGGGGAUCAUCACCAUCGCGUGUAUCUGGCUGCUUGGAGAUGCCCUCUUGCUAGUGUGGACGUCACAUCUGGCAUACGUCUUGAAUGCAGCUAUGGAGGAGCUGCGAUCGGAGGAUUUCGAGGAUGUAGAUCCUGAGUCCAACGGAAGAGUUGUGGCUGCCAUGAUCCUAGCAGGUGCCUUCUGGAUGGCGGUCAUAGGUGCUGUUCUCUCCAGUCUGGCUGUUCUCCUCGACAUUAUGUUGCUGGCAGGCGCCAUUAACGCUCGGCGCAAGCUGCUCCACGGCUGGAUGGUGGCCUACGCGGUGCUGUACGGUGUCUCGCUGGUGAUCGGUGGGCUGAGUGUCGCAGUAGUGUUCCUCUACAACAGCUCCUACUAUGGCCUCUCCAUCACUGCCGGCAUCCUGCUGCACGUAGGGCUGAUGGUGUACUUCUGGAUUGUGGUGCGCAGCUACUACCUGGAACUGGGCCAACAGUAUGGCGAGGGCGGACCACGCACCACAGCUGGCAAGGUCUACUGCACGGUGCCCACAGGGGACGUUCUUCCUGCCCACGGGACCUACUGCUAUGCGGAUGGCAUGGCCAUGGCACCUACUGCACCGCCACGCUACACUAGUGCUCCGUAGGAACCACUAUGUCACUCUUGUGAGGGGAUCACAUCUCUAGGUGACAUGCGCUGAUCAUGAGGCUAAGAGGACCUAACGUCUGCACUGUCAUUGUGACAGUCUUCUGAAGGGCUGGCCUUCACUGCUUGAUGAUAUGCUGUUGUUACCAUCCAAGAAAAGGCUGUCAAAGGAGCUGCUUUAAACCUGUCUUCACAGUGGUGUAAUACUAUUCUUAAAUAGCUUCAACCUACUUCGAUCCUGUCUUGAUCUUCCUCGUAAGAGUAUUUUAUAUUAUCUUGAAACUACAGGUUCAAAACUGUGCAUAGUGAGUAGAACAAUAUUAUUCCACUACAUCAACAUUUAUACUGUGCAGCCUACCAUAUAUUGGUGAUAGUGGAUAAUUUGUGUACUGCUUUUAUUUCCCCCUUGGCACAAUCUGCUUGUUCAGGUGGUGAGCUCAAAAUAAAGCAGUAAGUAGACAUUUAUUUGAUUCUAUCAUGUCAUUUUAUGAGACUUGUGUGGGAGGAACCUGUAUCUUGCUUCUGGAAUAUGUUAUUGUUGUUUCUUCAGUCUGAAAUUGUGAAGACUAGUAUAAUACAACCCACAUUGAUUUGAACCUGCUUCCUCUACAAUUUUUGCCCUCCACACUUCCUUCCAUUAUCAUAUUUAUGAUUUCUUGAUGCUUUGAUAUAUGUUCUAUCAACCGACCCAUUUUUUUAGUUAAGUUGCUAAUGAGACUUUGGUUGUCACAAAAUGGUUUCAUUGUGACUACAUGAAGCAAUAACGGAAAGUGCAGCUCUUUUUCAAAUCUCCUCUAUCUCCCCUCUUAAUCUUAGUUCUUAAGAGACCACGAGUAACAAGAAACAUUCAAAAAUUUGUUAGAAGGGGAUAUUAUACAAGCUUCCUCUUUAGUAUACAAAUUAUGUACUCCGAGCAUUCUACCAGUGACAGUCAGUCUCAUGAGUGAAUUUUAUAUGUUUUAUAAGGUCUUUCAGUUUGAAAUCACUCUGGGUGCAUCCCAGUAAAUAUUUUAUGGUUGUGACUGUGUUUUCAGUGAUUCAUUGCCAAUGGUGCAAUCUGACAAUAUUGGGUCUUUCCACUUGUUUGUAAUAAGUUACAGAAAUUUAUGUCGGGAAGUACCCAUUAACCCAAGCAAGUAAUUUGUAUUCAGUUCAGUUGUAAACCUGUAUUCCACAUCUUCCUACUGGCUAGUAUCCAACACCUACCGGAAGUCAAGGAUGCCAGUUUCAACAAAGAUACCAAUACUUUCUGUCUUCUGCAAAUAGUCACUAAAAAGAGCAAGUUGUAUUUCACAGGAUCCUUGUUGACUCACGUAGAGCAAGAUUUUGGUUGCCAAAAAUGUGUCUCUUCUCAGUUAAUAUGAAGACUGACCUAUGUUUAAGUCUGAUUGAAGGGAGGUAGUGAAGUAUUGGAACAUGGUGAAAUUGCCAUUUCGUGAGCACUUUGUACAGAGUGUAUACUCAUGUGUCAAUGAUUUAUAUGUACACAGAGGUGUUACAACGAUGGUCAUCUUUGUCAGGCCCUAAAUGAUAGUGGUGUAGGCAGGUUCCAAGCACUUCCACUAUCCAAGGUUGUGAUCAGGUUACAGACACAAGUUUCUCAUAUCAGGUUUGAUGUUUGUGUCCAGUGGCUUUUAUCUGCUCAGGCAGCAUUUUGUCUCACACACAAACCCACUCUUCCAGAUUCAUCAUAAUCGAGCAAUUUGUGUAAUACUGCACCACAACCAGCAGAUAGAGUACCUGUCUUAAAUUUUUAUGUUCCUUUUCAGAUGAGUCAUUGUCCCCAUUUCUGUGAACUGGCCUCUACAACACAUUUAAUCAUUUGUACGGCCCAUCUGGAUUAGUAAUGCUAGAGUGCAAAAGUCUCAAUGUAGGUGCACUUACCUUUUUGUUACCUUUAUUCAAAUAAAAUGGAGGUGAGGGAACCUCUUUUGACUACAGCCUUCAAACAAUGCUCUCUGCUUAACACCACUGUUAUACCAACAGCAUUUUCGAUGAGCCACAAUAAGGGGCACAAAGACACUGAAAUUCAUUCUGCACUCUCAAAUUCUGAUCUCACUCUAAAUGAAUGCAGACAAAUUUUGCUGCAGUGCCUUAAACAGAUAGUGCCCACAUUAUUUUUCUCAUCAUUGUCCAACACAGCUACAGCUCUGUCCUAACAUCUGGCAACAUAUACAUUUAUACUCUGCUGCCCACUAUGAUGUGCAUGACAGAGGGGGUUUCUCACUAUUAUUAGUGUCCCUUGGUGCCAAUGAGACUUUUUAAAUUAUCUUCCUUUAUUUUAGCUAGUAACUGCAUGCCUGAAAACAUAUUUCUUCCUCCACAAGUUCACACACUUCAGUUUAUAUGUGUAACACAUUUGUUACAUCUUUGUUGAUGGCUUUAAAUUGUGCGUAAAGUUCCAGCUGGUUUCUACUAUGAGAAGCCCUUUACAUGAUAUUCCUGUUGCCGUAAUUUUUAAGCAGCAGUCUACAUCUGCCAUCUUCAAACUAUCUUCGGUGUGUGCUGAGGGGUAGUUUGUGUACCGCUGUUACUUUUUCCUUUCCUAAUCCAGUCACAAAAAGUUCAUGGGACAAACGAUUGUUGGUAUGCUGCCAUGUGGGCUUGAAUCUCCCAAGUUUUUCGUCCAUGGUCUUUACAUGAGAUACACAUAAGAAGAACCAAUAUUUAGGCUGGCUCUUCUAGAAAUGUACAGUCACAGUACUGACAAUAAAGCAGACCAUGGCGCACAACGCCUGUCUUGGAUCGUCUGCCACUGCAGUUAGCUGAGCGUCUCCAUGAUGCUUCUGCACUUACUAAAGCAACCUCUGAUGAAACACACUGCUCUUUGUUGGUUCUCCACAAUUUCACCUGUUGAAUCCAUCUGGUAAGCAACCCAGACUUGUGGAUACUCAAAUAAAGGUUGAAAUUAAAAUUUUGUGAAUCACCUGUUUUGUAGCAGGACUAUACUUUGUGAGGAGUCUUCUAAUGAAUCUCAGGAGGAGAGUGUAAUAUCUUAGACGACUUGUUUUAUUUUAGUGUAAUAAUAAUAAUAAUAAUAAUAAUAAUAAUAAUAAUCUCAUUUGAAAUUACUAAUGUGCAUUGUAUGUCCCUGACUAAAAUGUUCACAGAGGUGAUGCUGAGGAAUAUUGUGCACUUCAUUAUAGAAAUGAUGACAAUGUAUAGGUGAAUGAAAGGAACUGUUAAGAGAAACCUUCAUAAACAUGAACUGACAUUACACAAUAUGUUAAUACCUUUGUGAUGUGCCACAUAACCUUCAAGAAAUUUUUUCUAAUAAUAUUCCUUCAGCUCCAUUUUGUUGAGAGUUUGUUUUUAUACAUACUCAUAACAUACCUUUUCCUGUCUAAAGUACAAAAAACCCGAAGAAACCAUAGGUGUUUUCAGUACUUACACACCUUUUAAUCAUCUGGUUUGCUGUAAGCACUUAUAUUUCUGGGAGCCAUGGACUAAAAAUUCUUUGUUUUGUGAACAAUGUAUAUUGUUGAUGUACCAUUAUGAAAUAUCAGUUUUAAACUGAGGAAGGUGCUGUGAUUAAUAAUUGUAAAGAUGACAGUAUUUUAUUAAUAAAAGUUAAUGAUAAAUUA